AACAUGCUAUAAAAUAAUGCCACAAGGAGAUAAUUGGGAAUGGAAGAUGACAAAAAGGAGAAAUUUAAAACAGUAUUACGCACGGACGUUGCCUCAAAGUGUUGGCCGGAGGUAAUUGCCAACACCCUCUGCCUCGGUUAGAAUUCUGCAUUCCAGCGCUGAUACCACGUAAUUAGAGUUGGUGGAUCCAAAUACUUUUGUUUGCAGUGUGGCUCCAGAGGCAACUGACGAGAUACCAGACGGGGUAAGAAGAGAGCAGCGGAAAAAGUCCAAAGGAUAAAAAAUAAAAGGAGCACUGUAAGAAGAGACGACAGAGGAGCCAGCCAUGACGGAGCGGAGGCAGAGGCGCUGUCGCUGUGGCGUGUGCGGCGGCGGAGCAGCGCACGGUGUCGCUGCAGGCUCAGGAACGGCUCGGUGCGGGCGGCUCCGCCCCGGUGCGGCGGAGAGCCCGGCUGUGAGCGCGGGGGGGCGGCGCGGGCCGGGCAGCAGAGCCGGUGCGUCCGGGCGGCGGCGGGGAGCCGUGCGGGGCCCGGGCCGGGGCCGGCAGCCACAGCGGCAAGAGCGGCGAGAGCGGCAGCGGCGGCAGGGAGGAUGGGCGAGCGGUGGUGUGCGGCGGUGCUGCGGGUGCUGGUGCUGCAGGCGCUGGCCUGGGCGCUGGCGGGCGGGCAGGUGCGCUACUCGGUGGCGGAGGAAGCCAAGGCCGGCACGGUGGUGGGCCGUCUGGCGCAGGACCUGGGCCUGGAGGCGGGCGAGGCGGAGGCGCGGCGGCUGCGGCUGGUGGCUCCGGGCCGGCGGGCGAGCGUGGAGGUGAGCGGGGCGAGCGGCGCGCUGCUGGUGAGCUCGCGGCUCGACCGGGAGGAGCUGUGCGGCAAGAGCGCGCCGUGCGCGCUGCGCCUGGAGGUGCUGCUGGAGCGGCCGCUGCGCGUCUUCCAUGUGCAGCUGGAGGUCACCGACAUCAACGACAAUGCCCCCGUCUUCCCCGCCGCCCGAAAGAACCUCAGCAUCGCGGAACUGACCACUCUGCCGGGGUCUCGUUUUCCGCUGGAGGGCGCGUCGGAUGAGGAUAUCGGAGUGAAUGCGCAGCUCUCCUACACACUCAGCCCCAGCGAGCAUUUUAGAAUAGAGGAAGAAAGCAGUAACUCUCGCACUAAGUCCCUGUAUCUGGUACUCACGAAAGCUCUGGACCGCGAGACGAUUCCCGUGCACCGGUUGGUGCUGACGGCGAGUGACGGGGGCCGGCCGUCUUUGACGGGGACCAUGGAGCUGGUGAUCUCGGUGCUGGAUGCGAACGACAACGCGCCCCAGUUCAACCAGUCUGUGUAUAAUGUACAUUUGUCUGAGGACGCCAUACAAGGCACGCUCGUGGCGCAGAUGAAUGCCACGGACCUGGAUGAAGGAAGUAACAGAGAUGUGAAAUAUGAAAUCGAUACAGUUGUUCCUCCCUCUGGCUCAGAUUUGUUCAGCAUUGAUGCGAACACAGGGGAGAUCAGACUGAAGGGCGCGCUGGACUUCGAGGUGGUUAACUUAUACGACCUAAAUAUUAGGGCGACAGACAAGGGGACACCUCCACUGUCGGGUCACUGCAAGGUGGUGCUGGAGGUGCUGGACGUGAACGACAACACGCCGGAGGUGUGGGUGACGUCGCUGUCGGUGCCGGUGGCAGAGGACGCGUCGGUGGGGACGGUGGUGGCCCUGCUGAGCGUGUUGGACCGGGACUCGGGGGAGAACGGGCGCGUGCGGUGCUGGGUGUGGCCGGCGUCGCCGUUCGGUCUGGAGGCGACGUUCGCGGGCUCGUACUCGCUGGUGCUGCGCGAGGCGCUGGACCGGGAGCGGGUGUCGGAGUACGAGGUGGAGGUGCGUGCGGAGGACGGCGGGGCGCCGGCGCUGCGCGCCAGCCGCGGGCUGCGGGUGCCGGUGUCGGACGUGAACGACAACGCGCCCGCCUUCGCGCAGGCCGUGUACACGGUGCUGGCGCGGGAGAACAACGCGGCGGGCGCGGAGCUGGCGCGGCUGUGGGCGCGGGACCCGGACGAGGCGGGCAACGGGCGCGUCAGCUACUCGCUGUGGGAGGGCGGCGGCGGCGGGGCCGCGGGGUCGUCGUCGUCGUGGUCGGGCGGCGGGUGGCGUCCGGCGUCGAGCUACGUGUCGGUGGACGCGGAGAGCGGGCGCCUGUGGGCGCUGCAGCCCUUGGACUACGAGGAGCUGCAGGUGCUGCAGUUCGAGGUGCGCGCGGUGGACGCGGGGGAGCCGCCGCUGAGCGGCAACGCCACGGUGCAGCUCUUCGUGCUGGACGAGAACGACAACGCGCCGGCGCUGCUGCCGGCCGCGGGCUCGGCCCCGGAGGCGGGAGCCGUGGCGGCCGAGACGGCGGCGGCGGGCGUGGGGGCGGGCUCGGGGUCGGGCACGCUGUGGGCGUGGGCGGCGUGGGGGGCGCCGGCGGGGCAGGUGGUGGCCAAGAUCCGCGCCGUGGACGCCGACUCGGGCUACAACGCGUGGCUGCGCUACGAGCUGUGGGCGCCGCGGGGCAAGGGCCUGUUCCGCGUGGGGCUCUACAGCUGCGAGGGGAGCGAAUGCUCUUUAGACCGCGAGACGAUUCCCGUGCACCGGUUGGUGCUGACAGCGAGUGACGGGGGCCGGCCGUCUCUGACGGGCACCAUGGAGCUGGUGAUCUCGGUGGUGGAUGCGAAUGACAACGCGCCCCAGUUCAACCAGUCGGUGUAUAAAGUGCAGCUGCUGGAGAGCGCUGCAGUGGGGACACUGGUUACGAGGGUAAAUGCCACGGAUGCGGACGAGGGAAUUAACAGUGAAGUGACCUAUGCCGUGACGAACUUCAUUCCCCCGAGUGGAAAAGAUGUGAUUUCCAUUAAUCCGAACUUCGUAGCACGUGUGAAUGCCACAGAUCCAGACGAAGGAAGCAAUAAACAGUUUUCUUACAACAUCUUGAGUUCAACUCCUAUCGGUAAUAAAGAACUCUUCACCAUUGACACCAAGACUGGCGACAUCAGACUAAAGGGUACGUUGGACUUCGAAGGCGUUAGUUUACAUGAAUUGCAAAUCGAAGCCACAGAUAAAGGGACACCCCCGCUGUCGGGCCACUGCAGCGUGGAGCUGAAGGUGCUGGACGUGAACGACAACGCGCCCGAGGUGUGGGUGACGUCGCUGUCGGUGCCGGUGGCGGAGGACGCGUCGGUGGGGACGGUGGUGGCCCUGCUGAGCGUGUCGGACCGGGACUCGGGGGAGAACGGGCGCGUGCGGUGCUGGGUGUGGCCGGCAUUUCUUGCUCUGUCCCCUCUCCCCCGCCUCCCGGACAGUGUCUGCCUGGAGCCGAGCUCCGCCCUCGCGGUGCCGGGGCGUUCCGUGUUUCAUGGUCCUUUAUCCUGUGAGUGCUGGUUGUAUUACCCCUCGUCUUCAGUGGCUGUAGUGCUUUACAUCGCAGCAGGUUUUUGA